CAGAGGCAGACAGGUGGAUUUAUCCGUGUGGAGGUGGUGUUUUUGGGGGGACUGGAUGGAGGAGAAAUUGAUGGAUUAAUUUGACGGAGGAGAGUCUUAUGUGAUUCCCACUCCUGCCGAGGGCACCCGAAUGGAGUAACAGGCUGCAAUGUCAUCUCCACCUGGCCGCCUGGAGAGAUGUGUCACGGGAAUGGGAUCAAGUUUGAACACUUUUCCUCUGGUUUCACUGACGCUGUGAGAAGGAACCACAAUGCCAGUAAACGGACAGGUCAUGGUGGCUGCCUGCACGGGCCCUCAGACCACGGCAGUAAAACUCAGCAUUCAUCGCACGGACUCCGAAGAAGAAGGCGCAAAACCUCCGCGACCGCAAACCUGCAGCAGCCGCGCUUUGUGACACCGAAGGGUAUGAUGGGUGUAGUGGGCUGGAUGUUGCUCCUACUCUCCCAGAUGAUGGUGCCUGCGGCGUCCCAGAAGCCUCCAGGUCUCAGUGUGGGUGUCAUCAUGGGCGAGACGCGCUACCUCUCCGAUCAGGAGCUUCGCCCGGAUCGGCGCCCCGAUGACACCCUGGACAUCUCUGUGGUUAUACUGAGGAUCAACCAGACGGACCCUAAAUCUGUCAUCACACAGGUGUGUGAGCUUCUGUCCCGCACUCGUCUCCAUGGCCUUGUGUUUGCUGAUGGCACCGAUCAGGAGGCCAUCGCCCAGAUCCUCGACUUCCUCUCCGUUCAGACGCAGCUUCCAAUCCUGGGAGUCCACGGAGGCUCCUCUAUGAUUAUGGCUGACAAGGAUGAGAAGUCCACGUUCUUCCAGUUCGGUGCCGCUCUGCAGCAAGAGGCUCUGCUCAUGCUCUCCAUCAUGGAGGAGUAUGACUGGCAUGUAUUUUCUAUCGUCACUUCCAAGUUCCCCGGGUACCAGGAUUUCAUCAGCACACUGAAGAUCACUGUGGAUCACAGCUUUGUACGCUGGGACCUGCAGAGUGUGGUGACUCUUGAUGCUGUAGACGGCGACCCUAACUCUAAAUCACACAUUGCCCUCAAGAGGAUCCAGAGUCCCGUUAUACUGCUGUACUGCUCCAAGGAUGAGGCUGUGUAUAUAAUGGAGGAAGCUCGAUCCUUGGGCCUGAUAGGAGCCGGUUACAUUUGGAUUGUGUCCAGCCUCACCACUGGCAACCCAGACUUCACCCCCGAGAUGUUUCCUCUGGGUAUGAUCUCCGUCUCCUACGAUGACUGGGAGUACCCUCUGGACACGCGGGUGCGGGAUGGCGUUAGCAUCAUUUCCACCGCAGCCACCGCCAUGCUUCGGGAGAAAGGGGAGCUGCCAGAGGCCCAGGGCAGCUGCUACAGCACACCGUCAGACAGGAGCCCGGGGAAGCUGCCACCCAGUGCCCUGCGCAGACACAUGAUGCAUGUGUGGAAUGAAGACCGUGACUUAUCCUUUACUCCAGAUGGUUACCAGGCCAACCCCAAAUUGGUUGUCAUCGUCCUGAAUAGUGAGAGGAAGUGGGAGAAGAUGGGCCGCUGGGAGAACGGGACGCUGUCGCUGAUGUUCCCAGUGUGGCCGAGGUAUAACUCCCACGGGGACGAGGAUGCAGAUGAAAACCAUCUCUCCAUCGUCACACUGGAGGAGAAACCUUUCGUCAUCGUCGACAACGUAGACAUCCUCACCGGCACCUGCAUGAGAAACUCUGUGCCCUGCCGAAAGCAUGUCAAAGAUAACAGCACAUCAUCAGGAGGUUCCUACAUUAAGCAGUGCUGCAAAGGUUUCUGCAUUGACAUUCUGAAGAAGAUAGCGAGGAACGUCAAGUUCACUUACGACCUCUACCUGGUCUUAAAUGGGAAACACGGCAAGAAGAUCAACAAUAUGUGGAACGGCAUGGUUGGAGAGGUGGUGUACAAGAAGGCGAUAAUGGCGGUCGGUUCGUUGACUAUCAAUGAGGAGAGGUCAGUGGCUAUUGACUUCUCUGUGCCCUUUGUGGAGACUGGCAUCAGCGUCAUGGUGUCACGUAGCAACGGGACCGUCUCUCCUUCGGCCUUCCUCGAGCCCUUCAGUGCAUCAGUUUGGGUGAUGAUGUUUGUGAUGCUGCUUCUUGUAACAGCCAUCGCCGUCUUCCUCUUUGAGUUUGUCAGUCCGCUGGGCUUCAACCGCAACUUGGCCCAAGGCAAAGACCCACAUGGUCCAUCCUUCACCAUCGGUAAGGCCGUCUGGCUGCUGUGGGGUCUGGUGUUCAACAACUCCGUGCCUGUGCAGAACCCAAAGGGCACAACCAGCAAAGUCAUCGUCUCAGUGUGGGCCUUCUUCGCUGUCAUCUUCCUGGCCUCCUACACUGCCAACCUGGCUGCCUUCAUGAUCCAGGAAGAGUUUGUGGACCAAGUGACUGGACUGUCUGACAAGAAGUUCCAGAGUCCGUAUUCCUAUUCGCCUCCAUUUCGCUUCGGGACGGUUCCUAACGGCAGCACCGAGCGCAACAUCAGGAAGAACUAUCCCAAUAUGCAUCAAUACAUGACCAAAUACCAUCAGACUGGCGUUGUGGAUGCGCUGGUCAGCCUCAAGACUGGAAAGCUGGAUGCUUUCAUUUACGACGCUGCGGUGCUGAACUACAUGGCGGGCAGAGACGACGGCUGUAAGCUUGUCACCAUCGGCAGCGGUUACAUCUUCGCCACCACGGGUUAUGGUAUCGCCUUACAGAAAGGAUCCUACUGGAAACGCCUGGUUGAUCUGGCCAUACUGGGCAUCAUAGGAGAUGGUGAGAUGGAGGAGCUGGAGGCGCAGUGGCUGACUGGGAUCUGCCACAGUGAGAAGAACGAGGUGAUGUCCAGCCAGCUGGAUGUAGACAACAUGGCGGGUGUCUUCUACAUGCUGGCCACAGCCAUGGGCCUCUCUAUCCUCACUUUUAUUUCUGAACACCUUUUCUACUGGAGGCUGAGAUACUGCUUCACUGGCGUCUGCACUGGGAGGCCGGGUCUGCUCUUCACUAUCAGCAGGGGUAUAUGGAGCUGCAUCCAUGGAGUUCAUAUUGAUAUGAAGAAGAAGAAUCCUGAGCUGGAUUUCAGUCCUCAAGCCAACAUGAUGCAUCUGCUCAAGUCUGCCAAGUCCAUGGCUUUGUCUUCUCCUAAACGCAACACUGUGCUCUUGCAGCCCAACAUCCUAGAUGUGAUGUCGGGGAAAGGUAACUCUCUCCAUCUGCCCCCGAAGGGUCCUGGUCUCUAUAGCAACGCCGCUGGUCCGCACAGUUUCUUGUCAUUGUCCGGGCGACAUAAAAACCUUCUUAACAAUGCUGCGCCGUUCCCUGUGCAACAGAAAACCCCCGCUCUUCAGACGAGCCCCAACAAGCCCCAGCUGUCAAUCACAAAUGACAACGGCAAGACCCGCCCCAUCGGGCUGGCCCUCGCUGCCGUCCCACAGGGCUCAAAACCUCGAGCCCUGUGGAAGAAAAGUGUGGAGACGUUGAAAACGCAGCCUACUGUCGUAUCUCCAGGCCCAAGCCCCACCCCGGCCGCUGGACCCGGACCCCCACAGAUGAAGAGCCAGCGCUACCUGCCUGAAGAGCCGCCACACUCUGACAUCUCCGAGUGCUCCAGCCGGCCGCCAUCACACAAAGAUUCUGAUUCGAUGGCGGCCAGGGGCGGAUUCAAGCCUAUUAAUCAGCUGAGGAAGAGAGGAGGGGUAGGAGCAGGAGGGGGAAGUGGGGGCGGAGGAUCAAAGAUGUACUCCAUUGACUCAGACCAGGCCAGUCUGCAGUCAGCUCCCCCCUACCAGCGAGACAGCCAGGGGGGAGGUGAUGACCACACUUACCCCCCUGACCUGUUUCCACCUGACAACACAUACUCACACACUCACACACUCUCCCACCAGGCGGAUGCGCCCAUCUUGCAGCUGAGUGCCAGCCUGCUGCACCACAGUCACAGCGCGGAGGCCGACCUGCACUCCCUGAAGGACAAGAAAUACAGCACCUACACACACAACAGCUCGAAGGACAAAACUGGAGGUUCAUUUGAAACUCCGGGCGGGGGUCAGGGGUCACAGAGCGUCAGACCCGGACACUGUCGCUCCUGCCUGACCAAGCUGAGCAGUUACUCCGGCCUUUACACCGUCCGCUCCCCGGGGGCUCGCUGUGACGCCUGUGCCCACCUGGGAAACCUUUACGACAUCAGUGAAGACCACCUGCACUCGCACUACUCCCACACACACACUCACCCACACAGCGGGGACAUGUUUACACACUAUCUUCCCCAGAGCGAGCUGGGCCUGGUGGGCGAAGGGGACGGGCUCGUAAGCCACUUUGAGCCCACCCCUUCCUCCCCGUCUCCUCUCCCCACCUCUUUGUCGGCCCAGCACCUUCAGCUGAGUCGCCAGCACUCCUAUGAGAACGUGCUUCCGGACGACGUUCCCGAGCGGCAGUCGCAGCUGCACACCCACCUGCGGGGGCUGAGCCUGCCCGACAGAGACAGGGAGCGGGAGCGGGAGCUGGACGAGGGGGCCUACGCUAACGUCCUCACCAUGCGCUCUGACCGUCCCUUCAGCAGCCGCAGCCCGCCCUCUCCGUCCCCCUCCCACCACCACAGCCUCGACGCCCCUCUGCCGCUCCCCCGGCGCUCCAAGAGUCUCUUCCCCGAUCGGCCCUCUCACAACCCUUUCCUCCAGUCAGCGCCUGGCACCACACAACGAGACCCCUCCCCGCAGUCUGUCACACGCAUGCCGCAGAGAAGCUCAGCCCACGAGCUCUAUAAGCAGCGAAUGCCGCUGUCGCUUACCCUCGGUAACCAUGGCAGCCAUCACAACAACCAGUAUGGCAGCCUUGUCGACCAACAGGUGUUCUACCCUCAACAGGAGCCCCCCGUGGUGGCCUACAUGGUCCCACCUGCCGCCUCUCAGCCAAUGAGCUAUGUGACAACGCCGCGAGCCUCGAGCGCCGGCGACAACCGGCCCCGGCUCUACCGCCGCAUGCCGAGCAUCGAGUCUGACGUCUGAGACUCGCACGCAACACACUUAUCUCACCGAAACACACUGACACACACGCAUGCAAGACAGAGUUGUGUGUGACAGGACCAGGCAGCUCUGAUUCUAAGCGCAUACACGGUAACACACACACACACACACACACAGGUGAAAGAUGGGAAGGGAAGGACUAAAGGUUAAUGGUAAUGCCGAGUAAAUAAAUAAAUCAUUGUUUCUUUAUCGCUACCCUCUAUAGGGCAGGGUUAGGGCCACAGGGACACCUGGAGGCACAAUACAAGAUGAAGAAUGUGUGUGUGUGAGUGUCAGUGUGUGCACUAGCCUCAAGCUGUAAGGGGCACAAACUGACAAUAUGUCCGACAAGACGGAUCGAAUCCAUGGUGAAAUAAAAGAGACACUGUGUACGGAGUUUUAACGGCGACAGUGGGAUCUGAUGGAAGAACAACACGUGUGUUUGGAAGACGAGCCGACUUGUCCCGCCCUCUCACUAGCGUCUUAGAGAUGAAGGGGACUGACAGAAAACCCCUUUCUUUCUGAGAAUACACACACACACACACACACAC